AGCAGUUCUUUCACCGGAUUGAAUUUUUCAGGAGUUCCGCUUUAUGAGCCGGUGGGUUGUUUUCUGGACAGCGGCAUUUCACCUCAUCCUAUGCCUCUGCUUCUUAAGAAUUUCCGUCCGGAAAUGAAAUGGGAUGACAUCACUGCUGUGAUUGACUGGUGCGCGCGCUUAGCGCAUGACCGAAGUCUGAGGUAAAAAAAUAAUUUUUUCAUAGCUGAAUUUUCUGACAUAACUGCACAGUUUAUGCUGGUCACAACAUGAAAUGACACCAUUUCGAAUUUUGGCAAGAGGACGGUCGGACACCUAUUGCAAGACGAAAGAGACUGCCCUAGGGAUUUAGAACCUUCCCCUAAAUGAAAAUGUAAGCAGUGAAAAACCACAGACCAUUAUUUUUUUGACGGAGGGUGGGAAGGGGGGGGGGGUUAAGGGGUUGGAAAAUUUUCACAUGCAAACAGUUUUUUUGUGUUACCGUCUUCAUGCAAACACUUUAAUUUUUACUUCCAUAAAAUUUAUUUCAGUGCGUACAGCCUCUGCAAACAAUCUAUUUCACAAUUUUCCAACCCCGCUUCCCCACCGCCCCGUCAAAAAAAUAAUGGUCCGUCCCUCACCUUUUUUAAUUUGCAUACUUUAUUUAUAUGCAAAUUUCCUACAAUAAGUCGUCUAUUCUUUCUUAAGAGUCUAGGAGCAACCUCGUCCCCAGGGCGCUUUUCCUCCAAUAAAGCCAGGGAAAAGCGCCCUGGGGACGAGGUUGGUCUCGGAGCGCUAAGAUAGUUAACAGUGAUUCAUAACGACCUUGCCUUAACUUUUGUAGUGAUAGACAGGGACCCCUCUUGGAGACCUAGAGGCAGAAAGUCGGUUCCGAAGAAGCCACGCCGUUUCCCCUGACCCGACUUUUCCUGGGUCUCCGAGGAUGGGAGGACUCCACAAUCCCCCAGCGGGACUGAAGGUCUGCUUACGAUCUCAGCAACGCCUCCCACGCAGGAGUUAGGGGAGUUCGUUUUUCAUCCCUCCCCACAAACGCCUGCUCAACCGAGAACAACAUUCCUUUCCCACUGUUUUAUUUGCGUCGUAAGUGGCUAAUCAAUAGUUGUAAAAUAGAGUGUUGACAGGCUAAACACGACUAAAACGUGACCCUAGAGUUACCGGUUUCUCUCUUUUCUUUCGUUCGCUAAGGUUAUGCAGUGCAUGAAGUAUUCUAAAAUUUGACUAAAUCUUACUUUUGCCGCUCUGAAUCUAACUUUUAUUAGAGGUCAGAAAGCUUUCCCAGUGUUUCAUGCAGAUCGAAUAAUUAUCAGAUUACCUUGCGGUCAAGGUCAACUUCCCAGAAUAUGAUUGGCUAAGCUUGGGAAAGGAAUGUUGUCUUCGGUUGAGCAGGCGUUUGUGGGGAAGGAUGAAAAACGAGCUCCCCUAAAAACGCCUGCGUGGGAGGCUAAGCAACGCUAGAUCUUAUUUUCUUUUAACGGUUGAAUACUGUGCUAGGCGGAUAAAAGCCUCAUCCAAGUUCGUUAACACAAAUGUUGAUAACCGAUGAUAUUGUUCGGAGAACCCCUGAUGUCAAAGGUUGAGAAUGAAUCUCAUUUGUUUUAUAUUUAUCUUAAAUUAGUUAUUUUGGGCUACAGAAUUAUGGUGAAUGUUGGUCCGGAGAAACCGCUGGUCAAACAUACAGCCGUGACGGUCGGGCAGAAAACUGUAAGAGUGGUGUAGGGCUGAGUCAAUCUACUUACUUUGUGUAUAAGUUUUUCGACUAUGGGGAUAAGGGUAAGUUUUUCAGUGAUAUAACCAGUUUAGCCUUCCCAAACUUAAGGAGAACAAUAACGUGCAACUGCUACCCUUUCUCACGAGGUUGGCAGACAUAGGGCUCAUGUUUCAGUGACAAGUCUGCUUGUCUGCGCUCGUUAUACUUCCACUGGCUUUGCGCGACACAUGUUUUGGGGCAAAAUUGUCCUUGCGAGAUGUAGCAUCAAGAACUUUCUAGUCAAGGUGCUUUUUACGUGAGCAAAAUAGAGCUUAGAACAGCACGGGACGGCGAAAAAAAACCUGACACAUGACUCAGUUAGCAUUUUCUUCAAACUUUUAUUGAAACUUUUGCGUUAAAAUCUGCAUUUUGGGACAAAAUUAUAGCCACCGUAUUGUUCAUCUAAAUUCUUUUAUAAAGAACAAAAGAUCGAUGCUCAGAUUUCAAUCCACAACGGCCCCAUUAACAGAGGGUGGUCUGUCUGUGAUGGAAUCAGCAUUUUAUCCAUGCAGUUGAAGGAAACCGAUCCCAGGCAGGUGGGGUACCUGCUCAGGUGGGGGUAAAAAGAUAAUCUGCGUUUUCAUGCAAUCUUACAACCCCACCAUCCCGGGGUAAUUUUUUUUCAAGAUUGCUAAAUGCGUGGUCGCUCACUUUUGGUUGUUAAUGCUCUUCUACUCUGACUUGCUUCUCUUGAUGGAACCUUUCAUUGCUGUUGUCCCUUGCAAAGCCGGCUACCAAAGGCAGUCUGUUGAAUUUGGCGCGAAUUUGAUGUAACACGAAUCCGUUCCCAGCCAUAAGGGUUUGCCCGACCUCGAAACGUUUACUGCAUGGCAAACUUUGAUCCCGGCUGUGAGGGUUACCCGGUCUUGCGCGGUGCAGAGAGGGCACCCCGCCUCUGCAGGUUACCCAACCUAUCAUGUAAUCAUGAUCAAUUCAAAAUGCGAGAUUCUAUCGAUGGGCGGGUUUCGGUUCCCCACCUCCAUGUAAACAUGCCCUUACUUUCCUUGUGUUGAAUUCUCGUCCCUGUUAUGAGUGUGUUUAUAAAGCGCGUAGUCGCCAUUUUUGCACAUGUCACACAUGUCACUAUGAGAUGUUCUUUUCGACACGACCCAUUCCGACCAACCCUGUAUACGUAGUUUGUCCGCGGUUACUUUUCAAUUCCCUCCAAGAGAAGAUAAAGGGGACAGAGAAGGCAUCCCCCAUACACACCCUGUUACGUAGGUAAUUCGUCUCGAGUUAUUUUUAGAAUCGGGAUAAAGUUACCUCGCGCGCAGCGUGGAUGUUUCGUGGAGGUUUCGCAUGACUAAACGCCGUGCAAAACGUGUCGAGCGAAAGGCAAUGAAAGCGUAAAGAGAUCGAGAGAAUUUCUGAAUAUUGAAGCGAAAUGAGUCGGCGCUCACCUGAGAAAAGGGAAUAGCUAGACUCUUUGACAACUCGUGAAAUCAGUUUAACUCGAAGUUGUCGUAAACUCAAUGCUUUAAUGAGAUGAGAAAUUUCGCCGGUCUAUUGAAACCGGUCUUUUGUGUAAUAAAGCAAGAAUAAUAAAAGACUAAUAAAAGAAUAAAUAUCAAACCAGAAAUUGCCCUCUUCAAACUGUAAAUAGUAAAUGAUCCUGAGAGAAUACCAGAGAGGAUUUCCCUGCUGUACUGUUCGCUCUAUACAAGAGAGGAAGGGCGAUUCUUUUUUAAUUUCCAUUUCGCUGACACAGCUUUAGCAGAAAUCUCUCUUUAGUCGUUUUCGUCGACAAAACAAAUAGCAAUAUCGCUCUCCUCGACUUCUGCCAUUUUUUUCUGUGCCAAUUCGUGAAGGACGCGUGGCUCUGAGCGUGUCUCAUCCACGCGCUAUGUGAUUGGCUGUUGUCUAAUCCCCCUUGGGAUCUAUGGUCUUAAAAAUAACUCGAGACGAAUUACCUAUGGAAUAGGGUGUGUAUGGGGGAUGCCUUCUCUGUCCCCUUUAUCCUCUCUUGAUUCCCUCUAAUUCUACAUUUUUCAUGAUUUCAUGAUUGUCCGCUAUACUGACCUGCUGUAAGUGAUGGGUAAAUUGGAGUAAAGUUUUCUAUUUCUUUUUCUUCGUGACUCAUUUAGUUCCUGGGUGCAAAGAAAAAUGGAAAGCGCACAACAACUUUUGUUUCAGCGUGUUGACGAAUGACACCUUAACAACAAGUGAGAUGAAAGACGUCUGCAUUGAAAAUAAAGGAGAGUUGGUUUAUGCGAUGAAUAAAAGAAGUUUUUAUUUGGCCGAACAGUUUCUUUACACGAUGCAGCUGAAUGCAGAGACAAACUCAUCUCGCCGUGUUGUACUUGGUCCUGCUAACGCAAGUUCCUUCGCAACUCUACCUGUUUCUCAUAGUUCUGUGUACUCCGUCGCAACGCAUACCUGUGCAUAUAGAGAUUCCAGUCAGUUGAAAGUGGAGCCGUGCGAUGUGAACAAUUACGACUAUUUAUGUAUGACACUUAGAGGUAAUCAGUGUUGUGCACGCAAAUUACUUUGUUUUUUAAUUUCCCAAAGACUUUGUUUCAUUUUAAAAGGAAGGGCGACGGAUGCACAUACAAAGAAGCCUGCUUAGCAGGAGCAGGAUUUUUUUGGCGCGAUUGGAGAAAUCUCGAGGACUCUCGCGCGAGGCAAGGAAAGCAGGGGUGGUCGCCAUUUCGCUCAUUCCCCUUGCUCUGUCUGAAACUUGUAAACGGCACCUGCCAUGCGGGGUAUAGAGAAAGCAAUAGAAUAUCUCGAGAAGAGAACUUCACCUCCUGUGGGUGGCCAUGGUCGUCAUGAGAAAUCCUUGCAAUACCGAAGAAACUGCCAUGAUUUGAGCUUUGAUGCAUCAUUGUCCACGCUCUUUUUCAAGUCGAUGUUUGUAACAAAUGCCUGAUCACUGACGAGGAGUUCUAAUCAUUUUACUGAUAGAACUGGUUACCAUGGCAUCCGUAUAACAGUAAAUCAAAGGAAACCCUUACAAGUAACUCAGAGCCACCUUAACUUUUUAAAAAUUAACCCAAGGUGGCAGUCUUAUCACUUCGCCACAAACUUCAUUUUAAAUUUGAAAAAAUCCUGCUCUUUUAACGCUCGAAUAUUUGUAAUAAUAAUCAGUGUUGGGAUUUAAAUUUAAAUAAGGAGGGUUUUUAGGAGCCAAUUCAGUUGCUAUGGUAACCCCCUUUGUCACAUUAAUUCCCACAUCUUUACUGCUAAUGACUGGACAUUUGUUCAAUGUCAACUAAAAAUGAAUGGUAAUACACUGAUUCCUUAAUCUUUAAAUGUAGUUUAUGUUGGAUGCUGGUGUUGUCCGUCCUGAUACUGAAAUGGCCGUGAAUGAUUUUAUUUUUAGAGGCAGACCCAGUGGUUGGAAAGUUGGCCCAGCUUGGCACAGACACCGCCAUACCAGGCCACGUGAUCAAAAAAAUGCUAGUUGAUGACGUAAUCGCAUGUGCUCGUGAAUGCCUUCUUUACCUGAAUUGUUUGUCAGUUAAUUACGAAUACAAACCGACGGGCGACCGAGAUUUUCCGAUGUUAGGAAGAAUCUGCGAGCUGAAUGACGAGACGAAGAAAGACGUCCAUCUUCAUAGACGAGAUGGCUACAAAUAUUAUGAGAGAUUCAACAUUUAA